UCGGCGCGUGAGGGAAGGAAAGCACAAACAGAGGAUGCUCCACGAGCCGCCCGCGAGGCUUUUUUCGUCUGGAAUUCUGCGGCUUUAUAAAUGAUUCAUGAGAGCGAGCCUAUUUUUAAGGGGAGUAAUUGUGCGCGUCUAGCACAUUCAGUCAGUGUGUUACUAUUAUCUAUGAGUGCGUGAUCUGUGUUCGCGUGAGCGCUUGCGUGUGAGUAAAAGCCGGUCACCAAUCUGAGAGGAAGCUGAGAAGAGAUUCCAGACGAGGGGAACAGUGAGCGUGAGGAGACCUCGUGAAAGAAAGUCAAAUUGAUUUGGCUUUAAUUCUGGGGUGUAAAUAUUAUAUAUCUUCCAGGUCUGCCAGCUAGUGCAGCCGUCAGUCAGCCGUCAGUCAAGGGAAUCAACUGUUGCUGCAGCCGACCGGUUUUUAAAGGGACAUCACUCACAACUCACAAAGUCCGUUGUGCUGAAUCCGAAUCUGAACGUUGGUUUGAAAAUGGAUUUUUGACCAUCAACCCGGACCCGUGUGUUUAUCGCGCCACUCAACUAAGGUGUUCUGCUACUGUUCAAUUAAUAUGGAAGAGAGAAUCAUAUUUUUACUAAUGACCUGGGUGCAUUCUGUUCACGGUCUGUUCUGAUACUGCAUAGAGAAUACAUUCCUCUUCCAGAAUGAUCCUACUUCACGCCGCUCCCGGUUUUUUGAUAUUGGUUUAUUAUAUUUCUGUAUCAGACAUUAGCAGUUGCUUGUAGAGAAGGAGACACGCUUGGGCAAUUUAAACAACUCCAAAGGCAUUUUUGUAUUUUCUUCAUUUGUGACCUUGCCGCUCCGGCAUUAAUCCAGGUGGAUAUAUGCUGAUGAUGGAGAAUAACGGCAUGGACGCGCAUCAGGUUGGAAUUGAUCCGGAAUACGAGCUGGAGGGCCGACCGCGGACAUGCACCUGGACGCUGCCGCCAUGUCCGGAGGAUUUCCCUCGGGGAGUUGAUGAAGCUAAUCGAGGUCUGCCGCUGGCAUCUGUCAAACUGGAGCAGCUACAGUACAACGUUCCGACAUGCCGAGGCGGAGCAGUGGAGACAAAAGGUGCCUCUCCGACAGAGCUGAAACACCCAAUAGGCCCCCCGGCCCCAAUUGUAGCCGGCGCUCCUACAUGCAUGUCCGGGGCUGCACUCGACGUGGCCGGCCAGCUACGCAAAGCCAAGUCGUCCCGGAGGAACGCUUGGGGAAACCAGUCGUACGCGGACCUCAUCACACGUGCCAUAGAGAGUGUCCCGGAGAAGAGGCUCACUUUGUCACAGGUUUACGAUUGGAUGGUGCGCUUUGUCCCUUAUUUCAGGGAUAAAGGCGACAGCAAUAGUUCAGCUGGAUGGAAGAACUCCAUCCGCCACAACUUGUCCCUCCACACUCGCUUCAUUCGCGUCCAGAACGAGGGGACCGGGAAGAGUUCCUGGUGGAUGCUAAACCCAGAGGGGGGAAAGAUGGGUAAGGGACCCCGGCGAAGGGCCGCCUCCAUCGACGGCCCCAAUGGCACCAAGUACCUGAAGAGUAAAGGACGUGUGAGGGGGAAGAGGACCGGGUCCGGGGCCGGGGCCGGAGCUGUCGGUCGGGGCAGGGGUCACGCUUAUGGUCUGGUUCAGGGGGCUCGCCCGGCAAUGCCACAGGGGUCUCCGGAGCACGGCAGCCCGGCCGGGAAGGGGGGAGCAGUGGUGGGAGGAGAGGAGUAUGAUGCCUGGACGGACCUGCACUCUAGGACCUCCUCCUCGGCCUCCACGCUCAGCGGGUGUCUGUCACCCAUCCUGGCCGAGGCUGAGCCAGACGAGCCGGAGGAGGGAGGCCUGUCCUGCUCCACCUCACCGCGCCUCUACCCCAGCCCCACCCCCACCCGCUCCCCUGCCCUGGGCACAGGUGGGCACUGCCCUGGAGCUGCCGUGGAGCUACCCCAACUCACUGACCUGACUGGGGCUAUUAGCCUGGACGAGGGCUACCCUCACGCCCAGAACCACCCCCAGACCCAGCCUCUUAAUGGCUACUCCAGCCCUUACGGCCCUGGUCCCGGUGCCAAGGGUGACGGCUCCUACUGCGGGCCUGUCUAUGGGCAGCCCUCGAUGGGCAUGCUGCAGCUCCACGCCACCAUGCCCAUGCAGACCAUCCAGGAGAACAAGCCAGCCAGCUACCAGCGUCCGCUUAGGGCGUACUCAGAGAACAACGCCCUGCAGAGCCUGCUGACCGGAGGUCCGCAAUACUGCAGUAAGGAGAUGGUCACCCUGGGAAGGCAGGGAGGGGAGUCACACACGCUCCUGGCCCAGGGAACCAACUCGGUCCACAGCCACAAUCAGAGUCGCAGCAGCCACAGUCAUAACAGCCAUCCAGCCAGCCUACACAACGGUCACGGUUCAGGUCAUGACCAGAACCCCAGCGGUCACCAUCAGAGCGGUCACCAUCAGAGCAGUCACCAUCAGAACGGUCACCAUCAGAACGGUCACCACGCUCACGGCCACAAGCACGGUCAACCUAACCUUGACUACAGCCAGAGUCACGACCACAAACUGAACCCGAGCCAUGACCACGCUCCUCGGUCUGACCAGGGUCACCUCCAUGGUCACCUCCAGGGUGGGCCCAGGCCUCCAGCCCACCAGGCUGCGUCUCCCAGAGGCAACACGGAUGUCCUGCAGCCCUACAGCCUCAAAACACAGAGCCACUACCCGCCCCGUGCCCCCCACCUUGCCAACACCAACCACCCGUCGUUGCCGCCCAACCCCGCCUCGGUCCUCAACGUGCCCCAGGACCCUUGCCUCCGCCUGGCCUCGGUCCCGGCCCCGGCCCCCCACCCCCGUCACCAGCCCUACCCCGGCACCACCCACCACCAGGCUAUAUCCAUGAGCGACUCCUGGCACGGCUACUACCAGCACACCCUCCACCCCCACCAGAACUACCAGGGACUCCAGCACAGUGGUCACCACCACCCCGGCCGCGUGGCUCCAGACCUGGACAUAAACGUGGAUGUUCUCCCCAGCAGCCUAGACUAUGACGUGGAGUCCAUCCUCCUCAACGACUUCAUGGACACGGAGGGGGUGGGGAUGGACUUCAACUUCGACGGCUCCCUGUCUCAGGGCGUGGGCGUGGGCAUGAGCGUAGCAGCCUUCGCCGGAGCACCACAGGGACAUCACAGCCAGAGCUGGGUGCCCGGUUGAAUCGGCUGGGGAAGCCCGGUAGCUAAUUGGGACACUAGGGGAGAGGCAGUUACCCACAGAGCCGAGCUGCAGGGGUUGUUGGUCAGGGUCAGGGCGUACUUGGUCUGACUGACUGAUUGACUGUGAUGCUCAACGCUCCAGGACAAAAGAACACAAUAUGUAUUGUCAUGCUGUUUCCUGUCUGGCCCUUUAACUCUGCUCUGUGUUCACUCGUUCUCUCUCGUCUUACCUCUUGCUGUUCAUUUCACCCUCUCCCUCUUUCUCUCUCCUUGUGUUCUCGCUGUUCUCUCUUCUGUUUUUUUUCAUUGUGUCUUCUAUUUAUUUCUUCCUCUCUGUAUUCUGUCGCUUGCCUCUCCCUCUGUCGUUCUCCCGCUCUUUCUCACGCGAAGAAGUUUUCUCUGCCCCCUCCCAGCCAAGCUGUAUCUGCCCUGGUACAUGUCCUUCUGUUUGUCUGCUUUUCUGUACCACUCCUCUCAUCUCUUGGCCAUCCAGAAGCUGUCAAGCACUUUACAUCCAACGCUUUCAAAACAAAGAACAUGGGGACAGUCAUAGUGUGUGUUGGCUUACGUUUAAUGUAUGCAAACCACUUUAUCAUCUCUUAUAAAGAAAUGAGAGGCGGAAUCUUACUUGUGAACGGGAUCGAACAGCUCCGUAAAUAAACAGUUAUUGUGUGUAGAGUGUAGGGUGCAUUUCAGAAUGUUUUUUCCAUAUGGUUUGGAAAGAAAGGAGGUCGAGGGGGAUAAAUGAAGGGGGUAUGAAAGGAGGUCUGGCCUCUCCAGGGUUAUUGUUAGUUCCUCAGUGAUGGAGGGAUGAAAGGUAGCAGGGAUGGAGGGUUGGAUGGAGGAUUUGGGGUCACGGGUUCUCCAUGUCCCUGGUGUCACCCACGGCAGAUGGAUGGAGGAUGGGCUACUGGUUGGUGUUUGUCCCCCAGUGUGGUCAUGGAGGACAGCCAUCCGUCAGACCGCCAUCUCCUGUUUAAUCUGUAGAGCAUUGCCACGGUGAUGUAUCACUGUUGCAAAUUUAAUGCGCUACCCUGUUUUUCCUCCUACCAUUCACCUCCAACUACACACAUACACACACACACACACACACUCUUCCUCCAUUCACCUCCGGACACAUGUUGGCUUAAUGUGUUUUGGCCAAAGUGAUGAUUAAAAUCACUCCACACUAAAUGGGGAGGAGGGGGAGAUGGAAGUGAUGGUUAGAGGAAAGGAGGAAUGCAAAUAUUCUCUCCUCGCCUCUUCCUUCCUCUCCAUUUGGUGGAUUUAUGUAGCUUUCCCAUAAUGAAAUAAGGAGUGAUCACGUCGUCGCCUUCCCACCUCCCAGCCUGUUCUGCUUCCUGAAGAGUUUUUUUUCAUUCAACCCCAACCUGAAAACCACCGUUCAGCUGACCAAUCACACAACAGCUAGCUGAGUGUUGGGUGCCUGCUAACCGGCUCUCUAUGUACGAACUCCGUCAUCAGCUCGAUCAUCAGGAUUCAGUAACCUUGGUAACAUUUGAAAUUGUGAGGCAGUGUAGGGCGCGUUUAGCAUUUCAUUUCUUUACAUUCAGCCUCACUCCAUUUUUCUGACAAAGCUAUCCACGUGUAUUUCAGAACAUUGUGUAUCCUUGGAAAUUAUCGGUAUUCAUGUAAACACUACAGAUUUGAAAACAUGCCAUGUUCAACGAUAAAUGGUCUUUUAAGGGGUGAGUUUAGCAUAGGGGUAGGAUCAGUGGAGCAGCCUACACAUGUCUUGACUGAAUGAAAUAUUACUACUACCCUUUUAAAACCUUGUCUGUUUUCAUUCCUGAAAGACAAUUCGAAAUAAUCCCAAUUACUUUUAAACUCUUAAAUAUCUCAAUGUUCUUGAAACACCGAGGUAACUCCCUAAUAAACAUUUCUUACCGUUUUAGUAGCACUGUCUAGAAUUAUGCCUGAUAAGAAUGUAUUUUUUUAUUUCCUGAACUUAGUUUGACUAUAUAAUCCCAAGGAGCCACAAGGAUGCACUUUCAUAACUAAGCAGAUCAUUUAUUGUUCUUAUGUAAUGGACAAAGAUAAACGCCACUAUCUGUUUACAUUUACAGCUCUUUCUGAACAGAGAGCCUAGCAAAUGUAGAAGACAAUCUUAAAAAUAUCUACUUUGGUUUAGAAACAAGCGUCGUGAAAGGACAAACGCUAUAAACAUAAUGAACUGUACACAAUGAUAUCAAAUCUGUUGUUUUUUUUUGGACCAAACUUUUCCAGUAAUCACACCUUUUUUUUUUUUUUACAAAGUAGCAGAUCCUGGAUUACUUCCUAGAAACAAGGGGUUAGCUCAGCUAAUCUCCCUCUCCCCAAUCCUAUACUCUGGUGCAAUCGGCCUUAUGGACCUCCAAAGUAGUGCCCUAGGUUACCCCUAGUUUACCGCUGAUGGACUUGAUGUUCUCAGUGGACUUGAUGUUCUCAACCCCCCCACCCACCCACGGUCAAUCCCCCCCCACACACCGCAGGUUAGAGCCGGAGAUGUUGUACACUGGUGAAUUGGCACACUGAUUAACACAGUCAGCAAGAUAACACUUAUUUGGUGCUAUCUCCCCUUCACAGACCCCCUCCUCCUAUCCUCCACCCCCAUCUCUCUCCCUCCCCCAUCUCUCUCUCUUCCUAUCACAUCCUCACAUCCAGAGGUUAGACAGAGGGGAAACAACAGUAAUUAACCGGCUAAAGAGAUAAAUGAUUUAUGAUUCAUUUAUGCAAGUGUUUGUGUUUCCUAGUCUCAUCUUUCUGGCACCAAGUCAUGUCUCUCUUCCAGAAAACACAAGGGAGAUGUUUUAGAGGAUGAGGUUUUGUGAUUUCAGAGGGAGUGAACAGAGCCUAACUAUACAGUAAGUGCUGGAACAACAACAAGGUCCUCCACCAGCCUGGUCCCUUGUCACAUUCUGAUUACAGAACAGAGAC